UCGACUUGUUUAGUAACAACUCGCAAAUGCAUAAACAUGCCGAUUGGUCCUUAAAAGUGCAACAUUUGGAAACAUACACUCUUGCUUUGGUGCUUAGCUGUAGAUACCAUGAGUUUGAAUUAUAAAAUACUUUGUACAAUAUAUUUCUUGUUAAUUUCUACAAAUGUGACAAAGGCUGGCGACACAGGUUACGAAAUUAAUCGGAUAGAUUUCUCUCCGUUUAAUGAUGCAAUUCUUUUUAAUGAUAUAGCUGAGAUAAUCAACGAUUUUGACAGUAAUAUGUAUCCCGUGGCACCAAGCGAAAGUGAUAGCGAUGAGAACAUCGAAGACUUGUUAUCUGAAUACCAGCAUUAUCUAGACAAAGCGCACAAACAAAAGAAAAUUUACGAAGAGAAAUUUAAAAGUAAAAACAAAGUGCCAAUGUUGCGUCACGAAAGAUUCUCAAAAAUCAAACCAUUCCCUACAAAUAAAUACGUAGACUAUUUUAAUUCGUUAUCUAAUCCGUUUACGUUCACGGAAAGAUCUUACGAUAACAAUCAAUUAGACUUUUUUGUCCCUUUUAAUCCAGACGUAAAAUAUAUUCAUAGACCGGAAGCUUACGGCAAAACCUCAUAUAAAAAUAAUCACAAUGAGAAAGAGAAAUCUAUCACAGAGGAAAAGCAAUACCUAAAUUUACCUUUACUUUCUCCAAGAACGAAUUCUGAUCUUAUGAAAUCACCGUGCAUCUGCAAAGAUAAUCAAAUACCGUGCGAUUGUAAUUGCAAGCAAUGUCUGAUGCCGUUCGAAACAACCGCUAACGAUAAUUUUGACCAAUCGAAACACGUAGAUUUUGCUGACAAUAAAGUUAUUUUUCCACCGAUGGCAUUUAACAAUGAUAACAUGUUCGAAAACUCAUUUUCACACCGAUUACCUGCAGCGGCUGAUAACGAUCUGAAUAUACGUAUAAAGGUUGACAUUCAACUACCGAGAAUUUUAGAAAGCCUUCUAAAACAGAAGAAUCGUAGUCAAGACAAAGAAAUAGAAUAUGAUGAAAAAAAUUCUAAGGAAACUAGAUUCCUAUUUCAUUCGCCUGUAUCAAAAUUAAAUUUUCCAAUACCGAUAGAAAUUUUCGGAUUAAAAAAACCAAUAAGGCUUAACAAGCAUGAUUCUACAGCCAUGCACAAAAUAACUAUUCACAAGAAAAAGAAAUCCAAGCUCAGUAAUAAUGGUAAUAAGAAACACAAGAAAAAAAUCAUUACUUUUCACAACAUAAAAUUUGAACCGCAAGUAGUCCCAGAAAUAAAUAUGAACAAUAAUAGUAGCUACAUCAAUAAAGAAAUUGAAGAUCACGACUCUCUACCUCAGUUGCUUACUUUCAUCAACAACACUCAAAGUAUUAACGAAACUAAUGCACUGAAUCAAAGUGUACCAGACACGGCAACUUUGUUAAACACUAAUUCAAGCGCAAUCCACGGUAAAGCAUUAGAUACACCUUUCAUACAUAUGGAAAACAAAACAUACGAUUUCCAUAAAACUGAAAACAGUAUAGAAGUAGAUUUUGUAAAGACAGUUUCGAAUAUCUCUACAGCGAUGCCUAAAAUAUUACGGAAUAGACGCUCAGCUGCAAAUAAUAAAACGAUAAAACAUGAUGAAAAAGAUACGCCAAAUACAAACUUGGUAGAAAAGAAAAAACUCGCGAGUACUUUAAAAGAAACAAAGGAUAACGUUAAAACAUUGAACGUUGAUUCCGAACUUUUAUACUGGCCAAAUAAUUCCAAAAUCACUAAUGGUACCCGUAUAGUUAAAAAUAUAACUGAAAUUAUUUUAGAAAGAGAAAGCAAUAAAGUAAAGUUGAACAUUUCCCAAGAGACGAUACGUAACAAUCAUACGAUGGCUCUGGAACACGCAAUUUUCGGAAACGUCGAUUGGAACGAUGUGGAUACUAUAGCUCCCGUUUUCAUGUCAUUUAUGGGAAAAUAUAUUAGAGGAAUAUUGACGUUUUGCUCUCAAAAGACAUGUCAUUCCAUGAAAUGUGUUGAUAAAGCCUGUAUACAUAGAAUUUGUUCCCCGGAAAACAGAUUUAAUCACAGAGGUCACUGCAAUGGAUCUAACCAAACAGACAGUGUGGCUAUAAUGGAAACAGUAAUGGAUUUACCCUCUAAUUUAGCAUUAGAAAUAGUGGAUAUUCUACAAGACAAAAUGUUAGGCAAGGUAUUUGGGAAGGCAACUCUUUGCAUUGGUUCCAAAUGCAUCAGUUUGGUGGCGUCAAAGAAAAACUUUUUCAAAUCUAAAUGUUCUAUAAAAGAGUUGGAUACGUCGGGUCAUUGUAAAAACAUCAAACAUUCUAAAGUGAUGUAAC